AUGGAAUUAUUCAGGUCUGAAUUAUACUAUAUAUUUGUAAGAAAUGAAUCAAGUCUUUGGUGGAAUCGACUUACUGGUGCAUUUUCAGUCCGAUCAGCAUGGGAUUUAUCAGAUAUAGAAGACAUAGAGUGUUUGGGCAUUACAGAAGGUAUAAUAGGAAAAGUGGAGCAUACGAACAUUUACGAACCACGAUUAAUGAUAAUAAAAGAAAGUGUGCCUGUUGGCCAAAUCUAUUUUCACCAUACUAUAUACAAAAUCAAAUCGAUAUGCUUUUUGAACAUGGGUGCAACAAAUCAGGAAUUAGAGCUAUGCCCUUGUACGAAACACGGGUCCUCAGCAACUAUGGUUAACAAAUGUGGUAAUAAAAAAAUGGGUGCAAGACUGUUUGAAAAUUCUGCUUUCUUGAAUAAAACAGUUGGGGCAGUUAAAAAUGUUAGUAAUACUAUUAAAACAACUACACAACAAGCAGCCACUCAGGUUAAACAAACUGUUAAAAAGCAAAGAGAUCCCAAAGUAGCUGAACGAUUUGAAAAGCGUUUAACUGAUGAGCUACAUAAGAUAUUUGAUGAUUCAGACAGUUUCUAUUAUUCAAGAACACUUGACAUUACAAACAGCUUACAAAGACAAUAUGAGAUUGAAAAAGUUUUAGAAACAGAGGAAGGAACAGGAAAACCCAUUACUGAUAUAACAAGAUGGUGGAAGUAUGUGGAUGAUAGAUUCUUCUGGAAUAAACAUAUGCUCAAGGAUGUUAUUGCCCUUGAGAGUCCACAAUGUGACCAGUGGGUACUCCCAAUUAUACAAGGAUAUGUCCAUCUGUCACAAAUAGCAGUAGAACCUCCAGAUGCGAACCCUUUGAACACCGAGUCACUAUCCAAUGUUAAUAGCUGUGAUGAGACUUUUACAUUAGGUCUUAUUUCUAGACGAUCUAGAUAUCAAGCUGGGACUAGAUACAAUCGCCGUGGUAUCGAGUCAGGAGGUAAAGUUGCGAACUACGUGGAGACAGAACAAAUUGUGUCCAUUAUAUGUUCCGAUAGCAUUCACAGGGCGUCAUUUGUUCAAGUUCGUGGAUCGGUGCCAAUAUUCUGGAGUCAACCCGAUUACAAGUUCCGACCACCGCCGAGACUUGAUAGAACCGAAGAAGAAUCUCAAGAAGCGUUCAAGAAGCAUUUUGAAGAAGAACUCACAAUGUACAAGCAAGUGUGUAUAGUGAACCUUGUAGAGCAACAAGGCAGGGAGCGGAUUAUAUGGGAAGCGUACAGUAAUCAUGUAUUGAAAUAUAACAGUCCUGAUAUAAUAUACGCUACGUUUGAUUUCCAUGAAUAUUGUCGUGGCAUGCAUUAUGAAAACGUCAGCAUAUUGAUAAACGCGAUAGCCGAUGUGAUUGGCGAGAUGAGAUUCUGUUGGAGGGACGAUCGAGGACUUAUAUGCACUCAGAAUGGCGUUUUUAGAGUCAACUGUAUUGAUUGUUUGGACCGCACUAAUGUUGUUCAGACAGCGAUAGCAAAGUACGUGCUGGAACUGCAACUGUGCAGGCUGGGGCUGGGCACGCCCGGGUGCGGGCUGCCGCCCUCGCUGCGGCAGGCCUUCCUCACCAUGUGGGCGGACAGCGGGGACCUGGUCUCCAGGCAGUACGCCGGGACUAAAGCUUUGAAGGGUGAUUAUACACGGACCGGAGAGAGAAAACUAACAGGAAUGAUGAAAGAUGGCGUGGCCUCUGCUAAUAGAUAUUACCUAUCAACUUUCAAGGACGCUCUCCGCCAAGUUGCCAUAGACGUGAUGACGGGUGAAUCUAGGUCCAUCCCCGAACAACUAAUCGUACCGGACUGCACUAAAUGUACUUCAGUCAAGGUGCUUAUGGUGCAAGAUCAAUCCGCUCCUGACACGGCGGCCAUGGCGCAACACGUUAAGUCGCUAAUCGACGACUGCAAGAAGUUGUUGGUCGAUACAGAACCGGUUUUGGGGUCUUGGGGACUUAUUGAUGCUGAUCCACACACGGGUGACCCACAAGAAACGGAAAUGGAUAGUGUGCUAGUACUCACUAGCGAAGCGUACUACGUAACAGACUACGACGAGACGUCCGACCGCCUGCUGUCGGUGCAACGAGUACCGCUUACCGAUGUCACUUCUGUGGAAUUAGGCACCCUGGAUACAAGUGCUACGAUUUUCAGCGUGGGACGUAAAAGUAACACAGAGCCUGUACACUGUAUAAGAAUAAACUACACGUACAAUAACGAGGCCGGCUACUUCCAUAUGUUCCGGUCCACUUCACUGCGUUUCUUUAACAACAUGGCGGUUGUUAUAAAUACUAAGGAUGAGAUGAUUGAAUCACUGCAUUCUAUUUGCGAAUCCGUUGUUGUGGCUCGCGACGUCGCCAAACUACCGCCUAUACCUUUCCACGAUGGAAUUAAACUGGAAAGAAAAAAAUCAAAGCUGCACCCGGGGCAGGGCGCGGGCGGCGCGGGCGCGCGCUCCUCGCUGUACGUGGACCUGUCGCGCCUGCCCGCGCUCACGCGCAACGUCAGCGAGACGCAGCUCGUGGCGGACAUACGCAGUGUCGGUUCGAAAGCCUUCAAUAAUAUGACGGAACAAUUCAGUAAAUUGAAUAAACUGAGCCACUCUUUAAACGCUAGAGCUAGACCCAGUCUCCAACUGAAAUUCGACCAAAGCGCCUCGCGAACUAAGAAAAUAUUCACCUUAGCUCAAAAUAAAGGAGAUUCCAAAAAGAAAGGUAGUCUCUCAGACGGCAUGAGCUCCGACUACUCAUCAGAUGACGAAAAUAGAACAAACAUUUUCGAACCGACACUAGAUAAUUUUGAACACAUGCAACACUACAUCGGCGAUCAACAAAGAAAAGACGAAAAUGACUGCGAUUUAGUACAAAACCCAUUAUAUUCCUCAAAAAUUGAACCCCACGAAGAAGUAGUUGAAGCAAGCACAUCCGUACAAACGGACAAGCAGACAUUAAAAACGCCAAGUAACAACACCAAAAGGAACCCAUUCAACGAAUCUAUAACGCCAGAAAUACAAGUCGAAUCGGAAAAUUCUAAGCCGAUCCCACCGAAUUCUUUGAUGCUCUCACAAAAACUGUCACAAAGUUCAGGAUACAUAAAUUUCGAUGACCAAAAUGUACCAGGAGUGAAUUUUCAUGUCAGAUCAAAUUCGCAACACGAAAUAACAUUAAAUAUAGCACAAUCACACAGUGAGUCUGCUCUAAGGCAGUUGAAGAACAUAGCAAGCCCGAUGUCUAGUGCUACGAGGGAGAUGGUAUUAUCUCCUUUGUCCAAGCUGGCUAAAGGCGUCCAGACAUUGGGUGCUAACUUAGAUCCAAGAAAGAUAAAGGCUCCGCCAUCGGUGAAACAGAUAUCUGAACAGCAAUAUGAAGAGCAUAAGAAAUUACAAGAGAAAUGGCAGGAUUGCAAUACUCGACUCGUCGCUCUC